CGGUGACCCGAGCCGACCGCCCGGCUGUGUCAGGCCUGUGUCAGGGCUGUGUCAGGGCUCGCCGCGCCCGCCCACCCCAUCCGUCCUCGCCAUGCUGGGUACACUCACCUGCGGGCUCGUCCAGUGCAGCAGAAUGGAGGCGCCGGCGAGUACGAACGGUGGCGGCGGCACCAACGGCCUGACCGAGGAGGAGCAGGAGCGCCAACGCAUGCGGCCUGCUGACGUGGAUGCCGACAUGCGCGAGAUGGCGCGCAGGAAGCGGGUCGAGGCCAUUCUCAGCUCCAAAACUUUCAAGUCGGAGCUGGACCGGCUGGUGGAGACGGGCGUCAUCGACGGCAACUCCGUGGGCGGGUGUCUGCAGCAGAUCUCGGACAUGAUGGGCCUGGUCCGCGGUGGGCUCGGCUCUUCACGAGGUCAGCUCGUGCUGCCGGCCGUCCCCCCGGCCACCAGCACGCCAUCGACCGCCCCAUCAGCAGGGGACUGUAACAUCGACCGCAAGUUUUGUACUCGGGCAAGGGUGCUGUAG